UUUUGUCUCCUCCUCUCUCUGUGAGAGGGGCGAGGGGCCUAAGAAUGGCCUCCUCCUGCUCCUCGUAUGGCUGAGGCUGAGGCAGAGGCUGAGGCCUGGUGGUGGUGGUGGUGGUCCUUUCCUCGGCCCCCGCCAUGGGCUCCCAGGAGGCGCUGAGGGAGACGACCCGGCUGGCCUCCUCCAGCGCCCUCUUGCAGAUACUGUUCCGGCUAAUUACUUUUGGGUUAAAUGCAUUUACUUUGCGAUAUGUAUCCAAAGAAAUUAUUGGCCUUGUGAAUGUAAGGCUGAUGCUGCUUUAUUCAACAAUUGUUUUCUUAGCCAGAGAGGCAUUUCGCAGAGCUUGUCUAAGUGGAAGUACACGGAGAAACUGGACCAAAACUUUUAAUCUUUUGUGGCUAACUGUCCCCUUGGGUGUGUGUUGGUCUCUCUUCCUGGGCUGGGUCUGGCUAGAUAUACUUGAAGUGCCUGAUGAAAAUGCUGUUCCUCACUAUAACUUUGGAGUAGUUGUCUUUGGUCUUUCUGCUGUGAUUGAACUCCUUGGUGAACCUUUUUGGGUCUUGGCACAAGUGCAUUUAUUUGUAAGGCUGAAGGUAAUUGCUGAAAGUCUGUCCAUCAUUUGCAAAUGCUUUUUGACGGUUAUUCUAGUGGUUCUGUACCCUCACUGGGGGCUUUACAUUUUUUCUUUGGCUCAGCUUGUCUACACUAGCAUUUUGGUUUUAUGCUAUGUAACAUAUUUCAUGAAGUUUCUGGGUUCUCCUGAAGCAACCAAAAAAUCAUUUCCUGUUACACGAAUGGUAUCUAUUUUACCUAAUUUUGGAGAAGAUGAGGAAUUUGUUAACUGGAAAGAAGCCAGAUUGACUUGGAGUUUUUUUAAGCAGUCAUUCCUGAAACAAGUUUUAACAGAAGGUGAGAGAUACGUGAUGACUUUCCUGAAUGUGUUAAAUUUUGGAGACCAGGGUGUAUAUGAUAUAGUGAAUAACCUCGGUUCUCUGACAGCACGAUUUAUAUUUUUGCCAAUUGAGGAGAGUUUUUAUAUUUACUUUGCUAAGGUUCUGGAACGAGGGAAAGAUAUCAAGCUACAGAAACAGGAUGAUAUCUCCAUGGCAGCAGCUGUAUUAGAGUCACUAUUAAAACUAGUGCUUCUGAUUGGCCUAACCAUUACAGUUUUUGGCUAUGCAUAUUCUCAGUUGGCACUGGAUUUUUAUGGAGGUUCAAUGCUCAGUGUAGGAUCAGGUCCAAGCCUCCUGCGUUGUUAUAGUUUAUAUGUCUUGCUGAUUGCUGUAAAUGGUGUAACAGAAUGUUUUACUUUUGCUUCAAUGUGCAAAGAAGAAGUAGAUAGGUACAACGUUGUCAUGCUAGCUUUGUCCUUUAUAUUUUUGUGCAUGUCCUAUUUCUUGACCCAUUGGCAAGGCAGCAUAGGUUUUAUUUUUGCAAACUGCUUCAACAUGGGGAUUCGAAUAGCACACAGCAUCCAUUACAUCUACAGAUAUUUUGAAGAAAGUCCUUACAGACCUCUAAAAGGCCUUCUUAUUUCGCCAUUACUUACUGUGGUUUAUGUCAUUAGUGGAAUCACCACAGGUGUGUCAGAGGUGUUCCUGUGCUGUGAUAAUGGGUGGAUAGCAAGGUUAAUUCACGUUGGUGUGGGAGCUGUCUGCUUUAUAGCCACACUUGCUGCUGUAUUUUUUACAGAAACCAAGCUGAUCUAUUUUGUCAGAACGCACGUUUUAUCAAGAUAUUCCAAAGAAGGACUGAAAUAAUCAUGUGCCCAUGGAUGUAUAUGUUUGCUACAGACUAUUUAUACUUAACAUGGAAAAUCAGUGUACAGAUUAAAGAUGUAAGAAUGCUAAUGUAACUCCUAAUGCAGUUAAUGAAUAUAUAUAGUGAUAAUGUAGUGAGGUUCUCAGAUCAAAUAAUUUAAACCAACAAGUUCACUUCAAACUCCCUAUCUAUGCCAGCAAGGGUUAUUUUGUACACAUGUAAGUAAGGUCUACAGGACUGCUGAUUAUGCAUAACAUUUACAUUAAUGAAGUAACCAUAAUUUACUUGUGGCAGGGGCUAGUGAAUAUUAAUAUGAGACUGAAGGUUCCCAUCAACUAAUUUUUGAAACUGACACCUAUUAAAUUGUUUGCUCCCAAUUUUAUUUCCAGUCAGACAGAACUAGACAGGCAGUUUCUCCAAAAAAGUAUUUUAUUAAAACAAAAUUGUUUGUUGGA